AUGCCUCGCCAUCGCCAUCGACCCUACCCUUAUGGCGGUGGCGGAGGCGGCCGCCGCUUGGAUGGCGCUAGUAGCAACAACUAUGGUUCCAACAAUCAUUUUCGCCCCAAGCGCGAAGACGACCUUGUUUGUUGCACCUACUGCCAGAGGUCGCUUCCUCGGUUUCGUUUUCCUUCCAAGGCUCUCAUUCGCUACGACAAGAGACUCGCAAAGCUCGCAAGGGGCGAAAGUCCAGCGACGAUCAAGGUCAUGUGUCACGACUGCUGCCGCGAUCCCGGUGCAGCAAUCUCGAACGCCGCCUCGUCCAGAGCCGGCGAACGUAUGCCAAAGUCCGAAGAUUUCAAACCUGCAAUUCCUCUCGGCCCGGAACGUCGAGGACAGUGCACAAAGUGUUGGCUCGAGUAUCCUUUGAUCCUGGAUUACUUCCCACAAGGGGAUACACGCGACAAUGCCGCAAAUCGUCGUGCUUGCUGGCCCUGCCGAAGGAAGGAGGAGCUGAUCGACGAAGGCUUCGACGCCGCCGAGGAGUCUGAGGGCGAGAUCCGGGUCUGGGAGAGCGACGACGACGAAGAGAUGAUGCCGAUCCAGCGUAUCGAAGACCAGCCUUUAGCCGUCCAGCAACGAGCGACGGAAGCUCGUAAAGACUUCGCCAGUCUUACCACCAAGCUGCUUUCGGCUCGAUCUCUGGUGCAAAAGCGUCGCAUGCGCGGUCGCUUCGUCCCCAGCCGUGCGCUCCUCCUCCAGCAGAGGCGGGACAAGGCUCGCGAACAGCACCGACACGUACAGCGCAUGUCCUCUCAGGAGACAGAGGAGCGCAAUCGCUCUCUACGGAAGGAUCACGGCCCUGUAGACGAAGCCGACUCCAUGCACCCGGACGCUCGACAGUUGCUUCAGAUCUUUGAAGACAUGGACUUUACCCUGCUAACCCUCAAGCAGGAUGACGAUUUCCAGUCCUCGCUUGCAAGCGUAAGCCAUUUGGCUCAGCAAGACGAGGAGGUGGACGAGCUCGAGGAUGAUGACGACGACGACAUUCCGGCAUGGCAUCUUACCGAAGCCCAGAAACGAGAGCGAUUGGAGAGACUGACCGACCGAGAGGCGGACCACGAGCAGGUCUUGCGCAGUAGUCGUGCUCAAGAUGGUUUAUCUAGAGUCAAGAUCGAGGAGCGCAUCACAAGUGAUCUGCUCCAUCAUUACCAAGAGCACAUCGUUGGCGCUGGCCCUCUCCGCGUCCAGAACCAUCGCCCGGACCUGCGCGCCGCCGAGCCGACCACCUUCGACAUGGCCUGCCUACUGAGCGCCUUGGAAGCAGCCAGCAGCUCCUCAUCUUCGUCUGCCUUGACGAUGGCUUCGACUUCUUCCACCAGUCGAAGCUCUGCUCUGGCUUCCACUUCGGCUUCUGCGUCGAGCUCGACCGCCACCUCGACCAACGACCACGUUGCCACCCCUACAGACGAGCGGCCGUCCAAGCGGGUCCACUUCGAAGUCUCAGAGACUCGAGCGUACUGGUGA